GAAGGUGAGGUGGGAGGUGUUGGGGGAGGGACACCAGAGACCCAGAGAGAGGACAGAGACCCAGAGAAGGGAGGACCAGAGACAGAGGGCCAGGAAGAGGGGACAGAGAUGGAUGCAGAGAUGGCAAAGCUUAGCAGGCAGUGAGGUCAGAGUGUCUGUGAGGUCGACUGCUGUCCAGGGCUGGCCUGGGGCCCCGGGGCCCAGAGUAGGUGGGUGCAAGUAGAUCAGGAGUCCCUGCGGGUCCCCCAGCCUGAGCCAUGGAGACCUGGGAGGAACUACCCAACGUGUCCUUGGUGCCCACAAAUCCCAAGGCCCCUCAGGCGAAGAUGUCGGCCCAGGACAGCUGCCUCAGCCUCAUCAAGUACCUCCUCUUCGUUUUCAACCUCUUCUUCUUCGUCCUAGGCAGCCUUAUUUUCUGCUUUGGCAUCUGGAUACUCAUUGACAAGACCAGCUUCGUGUCCUUUGUAGGCCUGUCCUUCAUGCCCCUGCAGAUCUGGUCCAAGGCCCUGGCCAUCUCAGGAAUUCUCACCAUGGGUCUUGCUCUCCUGGGCUGUGUGGGGGCCCUGAAGGAGCUCCGUUGCCUGCUGGGCCUGUAUUUUGGGAUACUGCUGCUCCUGUUUGCCAUGCAGAUCACGCUAGGAAUCCUCAUCUCCACUCAGCGGACCCGGCUGGAGCGGAGGGUGAAGGAUAUCGUGAUGGAGACCAUCCAACGCUACCACGCGCACCCGGAGGAGUCGGCGGCGGAGGAGAGCUGGGACUACGUGCAGUUCCAGCUGCGCUGCUGUGGCUGGAACUCUCCUCGGGACUGGUUCAGUGUCCCCAGCCUCAGCAGCAACGAUUCAGAGGUGCACCGCGUGCCCUGCUCCUGCUAUAAUUCAUCGGCGAGCAACGACUCCGCCAUCUUCGAGAAACUCUCCUUCCCCCAGUUCAGCCGGCUGGGACCACUGGCGCGGCCCCGCCACAGUACAGACCUUUGCCUGGUCCCUGCAAACAGCGAUAUCUACAGCGAGGGCUGCGCGCGGAGCCUCCAGAAGUGGUUGCACAACAACCUCAUCUCCAUAGUAGGCAUUUGCCUGGGCGUCGGUCUACUUGAGCUCAGCUUCAUGACGCUCUCCAUAUUCCUGUGCAGAAACCUGGACCAAGUCUACGACCGGCUUGCUCGGUACCUCUAGGCCCCGCCCUUCCCAAAGCCCCGCCCUGACCCCUUCAAGGGCCCCAGAGGCUUCCCUGUGGUGUGUAAAUAUUUGUUCAACCCCUUUCGCCCCAGCCAUUGAGUCCUCAACCUCCUCAUUUCCCCGGGGACCCAGAUGUCUGCCUGCCCAUCUGCUGUCACCUCUCCCGCGGGACCUGAGGCUUCUGGUCACCAGCUUCCUGCCCCCAAAGAUACCUCAUUUCCUUGCCUCAUGUGUUGGCCUACCGCACCUCCCACAGGAUUAUUUUUCGCCCAAACCCCAAAUAAAUCCCCUGCGUUUUGGUAAAAUAGUUUUAUCCUCUGUCAAAACACGAACCAACACACUUUGCGGGUGAGGGGAGGCAACACAGCAUAGCCCACGUCUUAUUUAGAAGAGAGGAUGAGAUUAAAAGACUCACCCCACUGCUUGCCCAGCUGAGAAAAAGUCACAACCCUAAUACCCACUUAUAAAUAUCUCUUGUUAUAUUAAAAAAAAAUAUUUCCAGGGCCCACCUGGCUCUGCUCCGGCACAGAAAGGGUUAACCUUCAAUAUUCGAUCUUGAUCUUAAGGUCACAGGGUGAGGGUGGUAAGGAGAGGCAGGUUGGGAAGAAAGGGAGAUGGGGGUGUGCUGAAAGAGGGACAAACCAUAUCAAAGCCCCCCCCCCCC